AAUAGGGGAGGAGGGUUAAUAUGGUAAUUUCGAAUGGAGGCAAAUGGUGCUGCACACCCAGCUACCGAACACAUCAUCAGAUUCUUCGCUACACUCCACCACAUCCGAACACCUCCUCCCUCUGUUCUUCCUCCGAUCGAUCCAUCAUUUUUUCUGUUUUCUUCCUCUCAAUUCAACUCAACAAUCGACAUACGAGAUUCCUGAACGAGUUCUUAAAGCUCGCCGGAGUUAGUUUACAGUUUCCCGGCGUGUUACACGACUCCGAUUGUCAUUUCGGCACACUAAAUUCAACCAAAAAGGUCCUGAAGGAGCCCAUGUGGAGAUAUUAUUAUCUGAGCUAGAGGAAUUUCAUCUCACAAUGCAAUCGAGAUGGAAGUGAAUUUGCUAUGGUGAAGUCAUCAGGUUAUUUGAAGUUGACGGAUGGUCUUAAUGGUAAAAAUCAGGUCUCAGUAUCCAAUCAAGAAAGAAAUUUUGGGUCUGUAAUGACCAAGGAUUCACGUGAUAUGCAUCAAAGGCCAUAUCAGGGUAGCGAGGUCCACACAUCACAGUCCAACCAAGAAGGAAGCUCCCUCUCUGUACUACCUGGCAAAGGGUCAGAUUCCGAAAAUCGUGUAUCAGAAUCUAAUGAACAAAGAACUACGCAUUCUAUAAUACCUGAGAGAGUGCCAGACACAUUAGAGCAAACUCCGUCUCCUGAUGCCAGUGUCCCUGAAUCACAAUCUGCUCAAGAAAAUUUUGUUGUGGCAUUAAGACCCGAGAAAGGGCUAGAUAAAUUACCACUAAGACGCAACCCUGAGAAUGCGGUCAAUGUAUUGCAUUCUGAUCAAGGAGUCACUUUCUCAAGGUUACCUGAAAAACCUAAUGUGGACGGAUUUAAUUGGCGAAAAUAUGGUCAGAAGCUUGUAAGAGGAAAUGUGUUUGUUCGGAGCUAUUACAAAUGUACAUUUGCUAAUUGCCCAGCUAGAAAGCAAGUUGAACGUUCACAUGAUGGACAUAUCACAGAGAUAAAUUACUUGUGCAAGCAUGAACAUCCCAAACCCGCACAUACUCUUCUUAAAAGCCCGUCAUGUGUUCAUCCAAAUCAAGCAAGAGGAUCUGAUGAGCCAUCGUUGACAUCUGAAACCUCUCAAGAUCCUGAAGCUUCAGCAACUCGUCCGCAGUUUAUGGUUGCCUCAAGUCAAAAUUUUGCGGAAGUUGCAGUCUCACGGUCUAGUGAAAUAGAAAGUGAGGUUAAAAAUAUUCUACCCGACUCAAAGAGACAGAAGAAAGAGAGUGUUGGCGUCAAUGAUAGUGUUGUGACAAAGACGAAUUAUGAGCCACGAGUUAUCGUUCAGACUACAAGUGCAGUUGAUAUUGUUAAUGAUGGCUACCGUUGGCGCAAAUACGGGCAGAAAUUAGUGAAAGGCAAUCCCAAUCCAAGGAGUUACUACCGGUGUUCAAAUGCUGGGUGCCCAGUGAAGAAGCACGUAGAGCGGGCAUCCCAUGACGAGAAAGUGGUGAUCACGACUUACGAGGGACGUCACGACCACGAUAUGCCGGCUGGGACCAGAACCGUUACCCAAAAUACACAGGGAAACAACAAUGAGUCUGAUGAUGAUGAUGAUGAAUCAACACCUCAACCAGAAUCAGCAAACGAAUCUACAGGUUAUUGGAGAUUGAAAACCUGCACUGGUUUGUAACAAGAGGAUUACUAAGAUGAGCUAUAGAUGGUGUCAUAAAUCUGGUUCUUAUAUUGAUUUGCUUUAAAUAUUUGUAAUGUCUGUUUUGCC